CAAACCCAACACUAUUCAUCUUCUUUACCAACAAACGUUCCAAUUUCAAGACUAGGUAGGAUUUCAUGAAUCAGUGUUUAAAUCUAAAUCUUUCGUCAAAAGUAUAGUCUACAAUGUCUAUGGAACAUAAUAUACAAAAUUGGAGUGAAAGGAAUACCUCUUUGUCAAACCCUAAAAUUUUCAAGACUUGUGUUGAGAGGUUCAUGAGAUUUUCUCGAAAAUCUAUAAUUUCCAUGAUGUCAGAGAGUUAGGAAAGAAUCAAUGCAUUUGAUACUCACCUCAUAAUAUCAUUUAUGGAGUAGAAGCUCUCCAUCUCUUACGCCCAAGAACUUGUUCCAAACAAUUAAAUUUUCUCUCUCCCGAAAUGCUUUUAAAAAGGCUGCUUCAGUUGGACGUCGGGUUUGGCGCUGUUCGGGCAGUUCACUACCUUGCUGCAUUUCGCAGCUUCCCUUUCUUUCUUUGCUAAAUUAGUCCUUCUUUUCCUUUCAUAUUCUCUGACUAAAGAUCUUGAUCCUUUGUUUGAUUGUUUUAUUCUCUUGUGUCCCCACUUUUUUUUUGAAUAAGGUAACAUUUGUAUUCCAUCCAAAAGUAUCAGCAUUUUUUUGAAUGCUGAUGUGAAACUUUACAGGUAAAGCCACCAAAAACAGUGGCCAGGAGGUAAUGAUGCUAGUUAUACUUUACACAUUGCCUAGAAAAUCUACCAAAUCACCUACUUCCCCCACUAUGUCUUGUUUACACCAAAAAUAAAAGAAACUAAGACACUUCAUUUUAACUAUCUGGAUGGAGUUAGCUUUAUCUUCAAAUUGUCUUGAGUUUCUUUCCUUCCAAAUUGACCACCAAAUACAAGCUGGAAUGGACUGCCACCAAUCUUCCUUCGCCUUCCUUCUUCCAAUUCCUUUCCAGUUGCAUAGGAGUUCUAGAGUUGAUCUUGGUAACACCCACUUCACCCCUAGGAUACAAAAGAACAUGUGCCACAGAUGUGCAGUUAUCUGACAAUGUAGGAAUAAAUGCUCAUUUGUUUCUGCAUCUUUCCCACAAAAGUAGGCAUCUUGAGCAUAUCUGAAGACCUCUUCUUUGUAGAGCCUCUUGUGUUAGACAAGCCCGCUUCAAAACUAACCAAACAAAAGUAGAAACCUUAUAUGGAAUUUUGACUUGGCCAAACUAGAGAUGGAUUUACAAUCUUGUUCUUCUCCCAAUAGACUGAUUUAACAGUGAAAUGCCCUUUGCUGCAUAGUUUCCCCACUUGUUUCAGCAUUUAAUCAAUCGAGUCAGAUUCACGUGUUUCUUAAGAAUCUUUAGUCCAAGCAUUUACUCCUUUGAAAGUCAAAUAUUUCCAAGUUAAUAUCUUGUUUUCCCAACCUCCUCUCCUGUCCAUUAGCCAUGCACUUAUACAAUUUUAACUUAGCAUUUUCCAAUUGUUAGAUGGCGUUGUUACAUUCGUGUGGGCCCUGCGUGGCUUGGGGUUACAUAAAUUGAACUCUUGAGCUGGAAAUUAAUCCAUAUAAAAAUCGAAAUUCACGGGGCUUCACCACUUGACUCAUACUCCUAGCAUCUUUUCUGUUAUUGUUUUCUAUAGCAUUCAAACACAAAGGAAUAUAAACUGUUUCCUAGAAAUUGCCUUUGCCCCUUACUAAAUUCCAUACUCUAGUUUUUGUGUUCUCUUUGGAGUAUUAGUUUCUAAGAAAUAAAGAAUUCUGUUUACUUGUUUCCUUCUUGAUGCUUCAAUUUAGUGGUGAUCCUUUGGCUAUGCCAAAACUGCAUCUUUGCUGUCCAUUAUAGGCCUGAGGUCUCCUCCCUUGGCGUACAUCAAAAACCUAUAUUCAAAGACCCUUGUUGGCACAUAAGCUUGUGAUUGAAUCCAUUUUAAAAAGGCAUUUGCUUUUUUCCGACAACUGAAAAAUUCCCGAGGGCCAUUGGCACAGGGUUCGAAAUCCGGUGGACAAUGAACCUGGUCCUCUACCCUUCUCCACUUAAAUACCAGAAUUUUGUCUGCAACAUGCCUCUAACCGGUUAUGUGCGCCUAACCCACACAAUACGUGUUAUGCUCUUACCACUAGACCGAAGCCCCGGGGGCCAUUUCAGAAAGCCAGUCUUAGUGUUCACAUUGCUGUUUAGGCUGUGGAACAACUUCUAUUUUCUUCUGCUUGAAAUAAAUCAAUAAUUACCCAUCCUUUCGUUUUAAUCCCAAGUACAGUUGUAUUGGGAACAGAAGGUGUUAUAAAUUAAUAUCUUUGAUCAAAGCCUCAAUACAAUCUUGUGGCUGGCAUCGAUUUGUGCUGUAACGGCAGGGGAUGAGUUAGAGAUUUGGCUGUGAGCUGGAAUUGUUAAUUGAAGCUUUUGUGAUGGAAGGAGGAGAUUCUCUUGUAAGGAGGUGGGAGGACCUUGAUAGUGAUAUCUUGGUUAAGAUAUUCCAGUCCUUUGACCUUUUGGAGUUGACUGGACCUGCUCAAGUUUUUACUGCGUGGCUGUUGGCUUGCUCUGAUCAAGUUUUCUGGAAAAUGCUGGACCUGUCAGUACUGAAAUCAAACUUCAUCAAAAUUCCGUUUGAGCCCUACAUAUAUGUCGACAGUCAGUCUGAUAAAUCGUUGACCUGCCUCCUGAAGAUUUAUUUGAACCUCAGUCGUGGAAGCAUACUAACGUUAAUCUUCCAUUACAAUUUGUAUGUCAGGGACGAUCAGUUGACUUAUACUGCCGAGAGGUGUCCACGGCUUAAACAUCUUGUUAUGCCUGCUUGGAACAGAAUAGAAGAGACAGGAAUAUGCAGGGCUAUUCGUAUGUGGGAAGAUCUUGAAUCACUGACGAUGCCUAGUAUAGAAGAUCCUCCAUGUGUCAUGACGGAAAUUGGAAGGAGUUGCAAAAAUUUUGCUGAGCUCAAAAUUAUGGGGCCCUGUGAUUUGCUCUUUGCAUCUACACUGGUAGAAUACCUUCCGAACUUGAAAGUGUUGAGUGUGAGGUGCACAGUGUUAUCUAAACCUGCCUUGGUUAUUAUCUUGGAGGGGUUAAAAAAGUUGGAAGUGCUCAACAUAUCUCAUUGCCUAAUUACUGAAGUCCCUCCACCUGAACCGAUGGAAAUUCUGACCGAGCUUGAUGAAUCAAUUCUUGAAAAAGCGUCUAGGUUACGCGAAUUCCUAACCUGUAUGAGUGACUCGUGCAUCAUGUGUCAGCAUACUCGUAAUGAUGAAGGGCUGCUGAGGUGGUAUAGGUAUGAAGAAGACCUCUGGAAAGUGGAUGAGGUGAAAUCUCUUGCAAUUUGACAACGUUAAGAAUAUGAGUUAAAGGUCCAGUAAAAUGUGCAAGCUUGUGUAUUAUCGUUUUGAGUUGGUAACUUUUGGUGGCAGAAGGAGGAGAGUAGCUUUGUAGCAUUGGAGACAUAUAAACAGUAUUUUCAAGUACAUGGGAGCGCAACGCUGUUUUUAUGUUGUAACUUCGUAUGACUUUUAAGCUGUUCUCUUCGGCAGGGUUGUUUUUCUGUUGUGUGCAUUCUUUAUGUUUCUAUGCUUUUUGUUUCUGUGUUUUCGUAGCGAACUGUAGAUUCUUUAACUAUUUACUUUUUUUGGGGCUAUAUUUUUUAUCCAUUUACAUUGGCGUUGCCAAGUAUGGUAAGCUUAUUCUUUUAAAACCCUUUCAAGCGAUA